AAUGGCUGAAUAGGAAGAAUAUUCUUAAUGUUAAGGUAUUGGUUAUACAUUGAUUAAACAUUCAAAGUCUGAGAUUAGAAAGAUUUCUGAUCCUAUUUAUGAUUUUAUUUAUUUUGAUUAAGCAAUUUGGAAAGUGAUAGACAAUCCAAUUUAUUAAAGAUUGAGAAACAUCAAACAAUUAGGCACAACAAGUUGGGUAUUUUAGGGAGCAAAUCAUACUAGAUUUGAACAUUGUUUAGGAGUUGGACAUUUAGCUUAAUAAUUCAUAACCUCUAUAUAUAAAAAUUAACCAUAAUUAGAUGGUGAAGAGGAUAAAAGAAGAAAUAUUAAAUUGGUUACAAUAGCUGGAAUUGUUCAUGAUUUAGGUCAUGGACCAUUUAGUCAUAUGUUUGAUAAUUUAUUAAUACCUAAACUUACUAAUACUUCAGAAUUAUGGUGUCAUGAAUAAGCUUCAGAAAUGUUAUUUAAUUAUAUGUAUGAUAAAUACUAACUUGGAUUAGAAAAAGAUGAUGUUAAUUUUAUUAAUGCAUUAGUUCAUGGAGAUAAUAACAAAGUUUCUAACGGAAAAAAAUAAUGGUUUUAUGAUAUUGUAUCAAAUAAAAGAAAUGGUAUUGAUGUAGAUAGAGUCGAUUAUAUUCGUAGAGAUUGCCAUCAUUUAGGAUAACCUCCAUGUAUUAAAGAUUUUAGGUAUCUUAUGGAAGAAUCACGUGUUAUUGGUGAUGAGAUUUGCUAUCCAUAACGAUAUGCAUUCAAUAUUUAUGAUUUAUUCAAUACUAGAUACAAACUAUUUAAAAUUGUUUAUCUCAAUAGAAUAAGUUAAUGUAUUGAAUAAAUGAUAUGUGAUAUUCUACUCUCUGUUAAUCAUAUUUAUAAAUUUGAUUAGAUUAUUUAUUAACCUGAAAAAUACUAUAAAUUGAAUGAUUCUAUUAUUGAAUAAAUUGAUAGUGCAGAAGGACCAGAAUAUGCUAAAGCUUAAGCUAUUAUUAAAAGAUUAAAAACUAGAGAAUUAUAUAAAUUUGUAAGUGAAGCUCUUGUUCCAUCUUCAACUAUUUUAGAAUCAAAUGAUAAAAUUAGAGAUGAAAUAUUAGCCUAUAUGACUUCAAGUGCUUAAGUUAAUAUUGAUGAGAUUUAUGUAUCUUAAGGUAAAGUUAGCUUUGGAUCUAAUAAUGAAAAUCCUAUACAUCUUGUUCAUUUCUAUAAAGGAUCAGAUUAGGAUCUUAAAAUUUAAGGUAAUGAUACAACUCAUAGCUUUUGUAUGCCAAAAUAAUUCUCUGAAAAAUUUAUUAGAAUUUUUGUUUCUAAUGUUUAAAUAAUAUAACAAGUAGAGAAGGCUUUUGAAUUAUAUUGUAAAAACAAAUUAGGAUUUACUCCAAUUAAUUAAGAUAGAUAUCAAACACCUUAAAAGUAGGUUACAGACUUUUCUUAAAUCAAAAUUCGUUGAGC